GGCGGGGCGGGGCGGGGCAGGGCCCGUCGCAAAGCGCAACACGUGGCGGGGCCGGCGGCGCGGCGCUGCGCUGUCCUGUCCUGUCCUGUCCCGGCCCGGCCCGGCCCGGCCCGGCCGCACCCCGCGCCCCCCGGGGUUUGCCCUGCCCCCCUCGGGCAGCCUAUCCCGGAGCCGGGGGCAGCCGCGGAGCGGCGCGGCCCGCGGGAAUCACGUGUUAAAUAGUGGCUAUAAAACGCUGGCGCCGGGGAGCCAGGCGGGGGACUUGAAGCCCAGCCCUCUCCGGGGACCCUUUUGUUCGGGCUCGCCGACAUCAGCACCUUCCUCCGCCGGGAGCCCAGCCCGGCCCGGCCUGGCCCGGCCCGGCCGCGCCAUGUCCCGCUCCUUCUAUGUGGACUCCUUGAUCAUCAAGGACUCGUCGAGGCCGGCGCCCGCGCUGCCCGAGCCGGGCCCGGCCCAGGACUUCCUGCUGCCCCUCGGCGUGCCCUCGCCGCUGGUCAUGUCGGUGCCCGGGCCCGGCUGCUCCGCGCGCAAGAGCGGCGCCUUCUGCGUCUGCCCGCUCUGUGUCACCUCGCACCUGCACUCGGCCCGCGGCGCCGGCGGCGGCGGCGCCCUCCCGCUGCUCAAGAGCCAGUUCCCCGCCGGCGGCGACGCCCAGUACUGCCCCCGCCUCGGCCAUGCCCCGCACCCGCACCCGCAGCAGCAGGGCUCGGCGGCCGCCGCGGCGCUGGGCCACCCCGCGCAUCACGCCCCUGCCUGCACCGCCGCCACCUACAGCGUCAGCGACCCGCGCCGCUUCCACUGCCUCGGCAUGGGCGGCUCUGACACCAGCCAGAUCCCGAACGGCAAGAGGAUGCGGACGGCGUUCACCAGCACUCAGCUGCUGGAGCUGGAGCGGGAGUUCUCCUCCAACAUGUAUCUGUCGCGGCUCCGGCGCAUCGAGAUCGCUACCUACCUCAACCUGUCCGAGAAGCAGGUGAAGAUCUGGUUCCAGAACCGCCGGGUGAAGCACAAGAAGGAGGGCAAGGGCACCCCGAGGAACGGGCACGGGGGCUGCAAGUGCGCCAGCAGCCAGGGGCAUUACCCCCGCUCGGAGGACGAGGAGUCUUUAUCCCCCUCGUCGGCCCCCGAGGACAAAGAGAUCUCCCCCUUGUAGAGCACUCGCGGCUUCCCUUGAACCUGGCGUCGCCGCUCUCUGAACUCGCUGCUCGGCCAUAUGGGGGCAAGCCGGAGCCGGACGCGGGAGCCGGGGCUGAGGUCGCUUCAUUCACCUGCCGCGAGCUGCCAUCCUGCUAGGAGCAAACACACACAAGGACGCAGUUCUUUUCCGGCUCCAUUCUCCCGUGAGGUUACCUUUACCCCAGCCCCAGCCCUAGAUCUAUAUUUUUGAAUGUACAUGUUUCAGUCGUGAGAGUUUCAGCGAAAACGCGACUUUAACUAUGAGCGAACCCGGGACUGGAUUUUCCUAUGUGCAUGACAGGUUUCUCUCCCCACCACCCCCUUCCCCAGUACAGUUUAAGAAAAUCUCAUUUCAUGGUUUGUUUGUUUGUUUGUUUGUUUGUUUGUUUGUUUACUGAAUGUUCUGACGUUGAGGAUUUAGACAUAAAAGGAAGACAAGAAAAACGUUUAGGUCUAUCUGCCAAUCAUCUGUACAGAGUUUUAAAAAAUGACAGUCCUCCCUUUGUAUGUGAAUAGUUUUAUAUCAAAUUUAUAUUUAUAUUUAUUUAAAUAAAUGAGGUCAGGCAAGAAUUUUGAUUGUUUUUCUUCUUCAAGAGCCAGCCUAGUUCAAAGAAUGAUGGUGUUCAUACUCGGGCAAAAUGUUUCUCUCUCUCUUAUUUCUAAUCCCCUUUGUACUAUAAAUGAAUUAGUAUGUUUCAGAAAUAUAUAAACGAUGCCAAUAAAUGCCAUUGGCUACUAA